CGUACAUAAAUAAAGUUUCUUGGGGAAAAAAAAAAAAAAAGUUGGCAACUGGCGCUAAAUUUGUGUUAGCCGUACCUAGUUCCGUUCAACACGCCGUUGCGUGCGGCUGGGGGCGAUUGUUUCUCCCAUUCUAGGCAACAAACUGCAGUACCCGUUUGUCAAAUUCAACCGGAAAGAUGACGAGCAGAAAUGAUGUGCUGAGAGAAAAAUCUAAGGAAACGACAGAUUCCCAGGAUAAGGAAAACGUUCCACCUCCCAAUCGAAAACCUGUUGCAAAGGAAAAGGAGGUUCAUCAGACUCAUUCUUUUGAGUGGCGCUGGAGCCACAAGAAGCAGUUCACUAAAAGUACCUGCAAUCGGACACAAACCAUUGAAGACUGUCUGGAAAAAAGUCCACAGUUCAGAGAAGUUGCAGAAAAACAAAAGGACAAAGAGCUUGUUAUUAUAAGAGAUGGGAAAGUGAUCACUUCACACUUUCCUUGCAGUUUGAUUAAAAAUGAACGUCUAAUUCUGAAGUUUGUGAAAGCUGUAGACAAGCCAAAGAAACAGUUUAGUGGCUCUGGUUAUCUCAGACCAUCCAGCAAGCUUGUGAUGUUUCAUGUGUUGGCGAGGGGAGGAAAAAACAUCGUCAUGAUCUUGAAAAAUCCAGCACUAAGAAAAUUGCGUGAAAUUACUGUUUAUGCAUUCAAGGGGGAAAAACUGAAGCAAGCUCUGCGAAGAGAUGGUCGUUUUCUCAAUACCGUAUUUAAAAAGAACUGCGCGCUUUCUCACACCAACACUGACGUAAACACAGAGAUGAGCAAUCUGGUCGACGAUCUCGAUGGUAAAACGUUUGAGAUCAAAUUGCUCAACAAGUCUGAUCCACCAGAAAGUCAGCCGGGCAGUCUUGAUGAUUACGUGCCGCUGAGUGAAUCUCCGGCAAGUGAUGCUGGUAGGAAUGAGGUGCUUUUACAGCAGCCAAACACAGCUGAGCCAGAGAACGACAACAAACCAGAAAAGAAUCUCGAGCUGUGUGGAAAUACGGCUCCAGAAAUAAUACCUGGUUCAAAACAGUUGUGGAAUGAUUUAGAUUCACAGUUGAAAGAUUCAAUAAAAGGCAGGAAAACUCAAGUUCCUAAGCUUUCUCGUAUCCAGAAUCUUUUGCGUCUGGAGUUUGGGAGCAAUGCUCAAAGAUGCCAAGAUGUGAAAACGAUGAAGAAACUCAUGGUGCUCAGUAACUCUGUUUGUCAGGUGAGAAUAAAUGGGAAACCACGUGGAAGUGGUUUCCUCCUGUUUGGCAGAUUUGUCCUCACAAAUGCCCAUGUUAUCAGAAAUGAUAACGGUUGGCUUUCUGAGGGGAUUGCUGUAAUUUUCUCAUAUGAAAGUCUGGAGCAGAAUGAUGGCCUUGUAGACGUGGAAGAGGUUGUUGGCUAUGAUUACUGUCCUGGGGCUGACUGGGCUUUGUUACGGCUCAGUGCUGAGCCCACAUUGCCUGAUGGUCUUUUAAUACACUGUGGAUUCGAUUGUCACAGUGGUGGAAUUUGCAUUAUCGGGCAUCCGAAUGGCGGAGUGAAAAAAAUCGAUCCCUGUUUGAUUGUUUCAGCUGAGAACCGCAGUCAGGCUGUGGAGAGACACCGUAGGGAUAAUCCAGAGGCCGUUCAGUUCGUUACUCAUCGUUUCUUUGAAAGCAGACACAUUCUGACUUAUCAGUGUUCUUCGUAUUCUGGCUCCUCCGGCUCUCCUGUCUUUAACGAGGACGGUAAUGUUGUUGCAGUGCAUACAGCGGGGUUUCCCUACAACAGUGCGAAGGGUCAAACCCAGAGUGUCAUAGAGUAUGGUUGGCCUUUUUCUGACAUCAUUAAACGCGUCAUUAUCCAGAUGGUGGAGAGGGAAAAGUUUGACGUAUUGAAGGAAUACCUCGCGUGCGAAUACGUUCGACGGGAAGACAUUUUGGUUGGUGUGAAAAAGCUCGUUGAGUGCAAAAAUCUCACAGCAUUUAAAAAUGCAGUCAACAAUUCAGAGGCUGUAGAUGACAAGAGUUUGAAGGCUUUCUUUAAAUUCUUCUCUCCUGAGCCGAUGGAAACUGACUGAGCAUGUGCAGAAGGCUAACUGCUCACAGAAGAUAAAGUGAGAGCUGUCUGAGCAGUAAAAGCAGCCGCCUGUUUUAAGAAAUCGCUUAAAACAAAGUUUUCUCUAUACUUUUUGCUUACAUAAAAUUAUAGAUAAGUUUUUGUUAAUCAACUGAUCCAUCAUGUACCAUAAGUACUGCAUGUAUUCUGAAUUCUGUGCUUUUAAAGUGCAAAUAUACCAACUUUCCAAAUCUGUCCUGUUAAAUAUGAAGAAACUAAUGAUAUGGAUGUGAUCAUGUAAGAUGUUACUGCUACUAUUGCAUUGCUAUUGCUUGCUUUGUUUUUUCUUUGUUACAUUUACACAGUAAAUGUUGAGAAUCUUGAAUUUCAACUUCCUGCUUUUUUUUGCAUGUUUGCUUUUAUACUUAAACUCAA